CAGUUGAUAUCAUACUCCACGACGCAGUCGAUACGACCCCAGUUGGGCUUGGCUAGCUCCUCGAAAGCGUUCCACACAGUUUUUCAUAUAUUUGGAAUUAUAGGAAGUUAAUAAUCUUCCAGUUGAAGACCAACGUCGGCCUCGUUGCGUCUCCCGGCCACUCUCCGGGUGAUUGGACUUGCUGAUGUUGCUUUAGAAGAGUUCGGAGAAAAAAGAAGGGUUUUUUUUUUUGUUGAAAAUGGUGCAAGGUUUGUCACUGGGCACUCUGGCUACGCCGUGUGGCGGUUGUGUUUGUGGAUCAGUGCCUUCAUGGAGGAAGCAUUUUGGAGUAAUGAGGAGAGAGCAGAUAAGUAGUGAGAGGAGUUUUGUGUGGCAUCAGUGUGAUCAUAGCGUACUUGUGAAAGGAAAGUCUGAUAUGUUGGGGCAAAGGAAUGUAAGGGUGGAAGCUGGGUGGCUGUUUAAAGGGGGUGAUAGGGGGUCGGAUGCGAUCACAGAGCGCAGUGAGAGUGCUAAUGAGGAUAUAUUGAUAUUCUUCUUCCAGCUGGACCUGGCUACUCGAGUACAGUGUGCAUUGAAUAUGGAAGAGUAUGACAUUGCACAGCAACUGAGAACCAAACUGGCUGAGGUUGAAGCAGAAGUUGCUAAGCAGCAAGAGGGGAAAAGGGGAUCAUCUUCAAAGAGUGAAGCUCAAGAUAAGGGUAUAAGUAUCAUUCGUUUACGUGCAGACUUGCAAGGUGCAAUUGAGAGUGAAAACUAUGCAGUGGCAGCCAGGCUGCGGGAUGAAAUCUCAAAAUUGGAAGCAGAAUCAUUGGCUAUAUCAGCCAAAGCUUUGGCACAUGAAAAUGCAAACUAUGCAUUUCGUUUGGGACAGAGAGUGAGGCAUAAAAAAUUUGGUUAUCGGGCUGUAGUUUGUGGAAUGGAUCCUGUGUGCUGUGAAUCGAGUUCAUGGAUGGAAACUGCUCAAGUUGAAAAGUUGUCUCGGGGUGCGAACCAGCCAUUUUAUCAGGUUUUGGUUGAUGUGCAUGCAGACCCCAACCUUCUGGUGGCUUAUGUUGCUGAGGAUAAUCUAUUGGCCCCUGACCAACCAGAUUUGGAUCGAUUUGAUCAUCCCUACAUUUCCUUCUUAUUCUAUGGGAUGGAUGCAGCUGGUGAUUUCAUUCCUAUCAAGCAACUACGCGAGAAGUACAACAGACCACGACAUGAAAUACCGCUCGAUGAGGAGCCAGGAGGCGAGGCUUAGACAAAUGCCAGCAUUUAGCAACAGACCUUGUACAACAUACUGAAUAGCAUAGAUCAUUCGAAUAUAUACUUCAUUGUUUUCCCCCUUGUACUAAUCAGAAAGUGGAUAAACAAUUUAACAGGUUAGAAGCCUAUAUGUUUGUUAUUUUGUUUAUACCCUACUGAAUGAAGACAAGAAAUUGAGUA